AUGGAGAAGUUAAUGGUUUUGCCUUUUCAAUUAGUUUGUCUGAGUUGGAUAUUCAGCACUGUUUAUUCGGCUUCUAGGACAUUGUAUUUAGAUUCAUUCCACACAUGUAACCAAUUAGAUUAUGUAGUGGAUCAAUAUCAACAAUAUUAUGUGACAACCGAGAGAAAACCUUCCGUUACUUCCAAGGCUUACGUUAAAUGUCACAUGACCUUCAAGGCUCGUGACUUUACCCAUAGAGUAUGUUUUAUAGUGUUACAAUAUGAACCUGAUCCUAAAUGUAAUAUUUUACUACAGUUCUAUGAAGGGGAUCAUAUAGAGAAUGGUGUAGGAGCUAAAUUUGAUUGUGAAUCUAACUAUCGGAUACCGUAUAAAUGGUGUUCAGGAGGUCAACUAGCUAUGAUAGUUUUAGAGAGAACCUCAGCCUCCUCUAGUACUAGAGAUAUGCAAACACAUAUAAUAGUCACACAGGAACUCAAUACCAACAGAACAGCUUAUCUUGAUGCUCAAUGUGGAACUUUACAUUUAAUGGAUCAUAGUACAGUUAAUCUCUAUAAUCGCCAUCCAAAUAAUUCUAAUGUAGUACCUAAGCGUUGUGAACAGAUAUUUGAAUAUGUUGGUGAGGAAGAAUAUCCUGUGUGUGUUACCAUGAAAUUCAAUAAAAACAAGCUACCAGACAAUAAGUGUUCAUUUUUAAUCAAAAUUGGUGAUGGAAAAUCUAGUAAAGGGUCAGUCAUUUCAGAUAACUGGUCAUGUGAUAAGUUAACUCCUAAAGAAAUCUGUUCUAAAGGUCGUAUAUUGACAGUGUAUAUAGAAAGAUUAAACUAUGACAGUGAACAGGAUCCUGUUGGUAUUUUUACACUCACUGUUCAGGACAGGUCUCCAGCUCCACCAGCCCCUGUCAGUGUAACAGCUAUAGUAUUAGGUGUACUAGGUGGUAUAGUAGCUCUGGUAUUAAUAUAUUUGAUAUUAGCAGUAUUUCUGGAACAGAAAAAAGGGAUUUACAUUGGACCGUGUUGCAUAUGUAGAAAAUACUGUAAAAAAUAUUCAGCUGAUGAUAGUAUUUCUAUGGCAACAGGUUUUACCUCUGUAUCAACUCAUCAACCUGGUGAAAGUCAAAGUGUUUGA